AUGGCAAGGAGGCGGGGAAGAAGGCCUGGGCGCAGUGCGGUUGGCCUGCUGGGCAGCGGAGGUCGCAGCUUGCGGGAGCUCGAGGAGCUCCUCUCCUCGGGCGCUUGGGCAACGGGGAUUGGCGAGGAGGCGCGGUCGCGGCCUGGUGCUGCAAAGGGAGGCGCGCGGGAGGCUGAGAGGGGGCAUGGGCGCCGGGGCAGACGCCGGGCGUCGGACCCGGGCGCGGCCAACCGGGGCCGCGGCCACGGGCAUCAACGGGACAAGGGGCGGGCGCACGCGAGGUCGGGCGUGCGGACGCACGCAGAGGUGCGGCCGGCGAGCGGGAAGGCGCCGGCACGGCAGCGGCAGCAGAAGCAUCAGCGGGGCGAGGCGAGGCCACAGCGGACGGGGUCGCGUGUGAGCGCGCGCGGCAUCGCGGGCGCGCACGGGAGGGCGCCAGGGCGAGGCGAGGGUGGCCGGGCGCAGCUGUGGGGCGCCGGGCGUCGAAACGGCCGCGGUGAGCGCGAGGACGUGGGCCGGAGCGCACACGCGCAACGGGGGGCGUGGGCCCCAUCUGUCAUAGGCCCAAGGCCUAACGGGCACGGGCAUGGGCGCCGGGGCAAACGCCGGGCGUCGGACCCGGGCGCGGCCCGCCGGGGCCGCGGCCAUGGGCAUCGACGGGACAAGGGGCGGACGCACGCAGAGGCGCGGCCGGCGAGCGGGAAGGCGCCGGCACGGCAGCGGCAGCAGAAGCAUCAGCGGGGCGAUGCGAGGCCACAACGAACGGGGUCGCGUGUGAGCGCGCGCGGCAUCGCGAGCGCGCACGGGAGGGCGCCAGGGCGAGGCGAGGGUGGCCGGGCGCAGCUGUGGGGCGCCGUGGUCGGGCGCCGGGCGUCGGAACGGCCGUGGUGA